AUGUCAGAACAAGCAGUAGCAGCUAAAGAACCAAGUACAAAGAGCAGGGAUGAACAUAGUGAGAAUAAAUCACAAAAUAUCUCUCGUAAAUCAGAACAUGAAUCACAGAAUAUCGAUGAUUUAAAUGAAACCGAACAAGACUUAACUAUUCCGGAAGAAGAAGUUAAAGAAUUACCACCAAGUCGCUAUUCUUAUGUUUCUCGUGAAAAUGCUGGCUGGGUUGACGAAAUACUUGGCUUUGAUGGAAUUAAGCGUCUUGGAGAAAAACCACAUCCAGUGGAAUUGAUAUUUGAGCUGACAGCUCAUUAUGUUCCAGAAUUGCAUAGCAUGCCAAAUAUCUGGAAGACUCCAAGAAAUCGUCUGAAAUCCAAAUUAAGAAAAGUCAGAGAUUUAUUUAUUGCAUGGGGAAUCCAAUCUCCAUUACACUGGUGCUCUUUUGUAGAUUAUGAUGAGAAUGAUGAACGCUCAUUUUUAAAUUAUAAUUUAUCAUUAGCUGCAAUGAAAUGUCAUUUCUUAAUUGAACAGAGGAACAGUCUACAAGAAGCUCAGCUUGAACAACUUCGCAUAUGCAGACAGAUGAAAGAAGAAUGCGACGCAAAUCGUCAGAAAAUUGAGAAAGUCUUGAAACUUGUAAAACAAAAUCCAAAUCUUCCAUUUGCUGGUCUUAUUGAGCAGCUAAUUACAAAGGAACCAUCUUGUUUCAAACCAUUGGAAGAUGAAGCAGCUGAAUAA